AUGGGUAUCCCCGCUCUCGCAACUAUGAAUCCACCUGAAAUAUAUAGAUAUCCUAUGCAGGGUUGGUUUCACUGCCCUGUAAAAACAGAAAGAGCCAAAAAUAUCAUCAAAAAAGCAGAAAGAGCUCUCCUGAGGGAAAGAAUCAACAUCACCAACCAGAGAAUAAUAGAGCUGAAAAAGGAUAAGAAUGUGCAGGCAGAGAAAGUGAAAGAAAGACUUAAAGAUGACAAAAACAUAUAUGACAUUACAUGUGACAUGGUGGACAAAGUGGGUGAAAAGGAAUUUCAGAGGUCCAAAAAGACACAAAUAAAUAAACUCAACAAGUUGACUAACAAACAUAUAGAAAAAUCAAACACUGUAACUGAAGUUGACCUAACAGGAACACAGCUGAAAAAGUGGGUCAAGGUGUUAUCUAAUUAUCAACCUACUGAAGAUGAAAUGAAGCUAAUGGCUAAAGGGCUCAAUUAUGCUAUACAUGUAGCACCAAGCAAAUUACCUGUGAGAGAUGUCAUCAUACAGACUGAAGUGGCAUGUCAAAAAUUGAAUAUAGAACAAGCAGCUAAAUUGAGACAUGAAGUAGUAGGAACGUUGAGAUCCAGUAACCCACCCAAACCAAAUUUGACCAAAGGGGAAAGAAACGCCAUAAAGUCCCUCAAGAAUAAUAAGGACAUCAUUAUAAUACCAGCAGAUAAAGGGAAAGCAGUGGUUACUAUGGAUAGGAAUGAAUAUGAAGAAAAAUGCAACAACCUGUUGAAGGACGAAACAACAUACAAACAAUUAGCAAAAGACCCAACACAGAAGCUGAAAACAAGACUUAUCAACAAGUUGAAGAACAUCAGAAAAGAGAAUAGAAUUGAUGAUGCCACAUACCAGAAGAUAUACCCUACAGCAGAAGUGACCCCCCGGUUCUACGCCACUCCAAAAAUACACAAAAAGGACAAUCCUGUCAGACCAAUAGUAUCCGGGAUAAACUCUAUUACAUAUGAAUUAGCAAAACACCUAGCAAAAUUAUUGAAGCCUCUAGUCGGAAAAACAAAAUACCAUAUACAGAACUCACAACACCUCGUUAAGCUGCUGAAAGGUAUAACACUUGAAAAGGAUGAUACACUUGUAUCUUUUGACGUUUCCGCCUUGUUCACCAGCGUCCCGUGUGAUGAAGUAGUAGGAAUGUGUGUGAACAGAUGCCAAAAAGACACCACCUGGGCAAGUAGAACAGCAUUAACACCUGAAGACAUGGGCGAACUACUAGCUAUGACCUUGGACACCACCUACUUUCAGUACAAAGGAAAAUUUUACCAACAGACCUAUGGAGCAGCAAUGGGUUCCCCCCUGUCACCAGUCAUAGCUAAUAUNAGGGAAAACUGGACAUUCCAAAGAAAAAUAGCAGAAGCUGUACACAUCAGGACCAAACAACCAGACCUGAACAGACAGGGGGGGUAUGAUUUACCAGCUAUCUACCUCACGGUGCUUCAGAGGGAUGCAGAGGAGCCCCGGGGGGAGCAAACACACAAUCCUAAAACUGAUGGUGGGAAGGGACGCCAGGCGAAACAUGGGAAACUCAAAUGCUACUGGUAA